CCAGAAAAGAUGAAGGAGAAUGUCAGCAUUUCUGAUUCCUGCUCGGAGCUUUAUUCGACCUCUUUCAGGCCUUAACAUCUGGAUCGCAACGUGCCUUUGUCCCAGCGACCAAUUAGGGAACGAUAAAUUAAUUAUUGCUUAUGAAGAUCUGAACAUGUGCCAAGCCGUCAGCAUUCCUAGUGUGCUGGAGAGACCGUUAAGUUAAUAACCCAUUUUAUUUGUCAGUCUGAAGGGUUUUCAUCGCGUAUUUUCUGACGAAGGGAGGGUAUCUGGCGCUCGGAGCGCGUUAAGUGAGCGCGCCUGCAGCAGCAAUCCAACAAGUGGACGCGUGGAUUUGCUGGAAGCAGAUUUAAAACCAGGCAAUCAGGUAAUAUGUGACCUGCCGUCUUCAAACGUUUUAAAUCAGGAAGCAACACCCUCCGCUACUUAACGUGGAGCUCCUCCUAACCAAUCGUAGUGCAGCGGUCAAAGCAAUUUGCGCGCAAUGUGCACUUUUCAAAAGGCUGCUGUUGUUGUUUUGAACGCGUGCAACUGAACUGCAAUGAGGUGAGACUCCCUCUGCUUUUCUUCUGCUCUUCAUUCAUGGACCGAAAGGAAGCGUGAAGCGAACGCGCUGCGGAUUUCACCGCAUCUCCCAGUUCACCACCCAUGCUCUCCAUCCAUGAGCACGCUGCUCCAUUCCCUCGGUGACUGCAGGGGGAAGUUGGAAUCAAAUCUGUAGACAUUUCUUUAUGACGAGUUUGGAGGUGGGAGACACAGAUUGCAGCCAUGCCGAUGCACCCAGUCACCUCCACGUUGAUGUACCGGGGCAUCUGCACCAUCCCCGACAUCCUCUCCUACAGCGCCCCGGUGAACCUGCCCGAAGACGAGGUUGAAGAAAUCCGCGAGGCCUUCAAGGUUUUUGAUCGUGAUGGAAAUGGGUUUAUCUCAAAGCAAGAGCUGGGAAUGGCCAUGCGUUCUCUGGGCUACAUGCCAAAUGAGGUGGAGCUGGAAGUCAUCAUCCAGAGACUUGACAUGGAUGGCGACGGCCAGGUGGACUUUGAGGAGUUUGUUACUCUUUUGGGUCCAAAGCUGACAGCGGCUGGGGUGCCAGACAAGUUCAACGGCACUGACUUUGACUCAGUUUUUUGGAAGUGUGACAUGCAGAAGUUAACAGUUGAGGAGCUGAAGAGGCUUUUGUAUGACACUUUCUGUGAUCACCUUUCCAUGAAAGACAUUGAGAACAUCAUUAUGACUGAAGAGAACCACAUAGAGAACCCAGAGGACUGCCAGGUCGAUAUAGACAGCUCCAGCCCAACACAGCAUGUCAAGCAAACCUGUGUGCGCAAGAGCCUCAUAUGCGCCUUUGCAAUUGCUUUCAUCAUCAGCGUCAUGCUCAUUGCAGCCAAUCAAGUGCUGCGAAGUGGCAUGAAGUAAAGCCUGUGGAACUCUAGUGGCCUUGAUCUCCACCUAAUGGCUACCAUAAAAAAAGAAGAAAAAAAACAACAACUGAAGAGACAGUUGAAACACUAUAAAAUUGACAUCCCAGAACUGCAAAACAUGCUAACAGAUGAUUGCAAAUUAAAUAAGGACGCUUAAUGCUUGGAUUUGUCUUAGUUACAGGCGGACAAAUCUUUUCAGACACAAGGAUAACAUAUUCAAAAAGACCAGUGUGUACUAUUGACAAUACAUAUCAAACUUCACAAAACCUUGACUACUCAUCAGCUGCUUGCAUUGAGCAGAGUUACAUUCAGAGUUGUGUGCACUUUUGAGACAACUGUCUUGGCUGUCCUGUUUAGUAUUUGUCUAGUGUACCGUGUCGCUUGGCAAGAAGGGAAAAAAAAAAAAAAACAUUAUCUAAGAGAAACUAUUGGAAUGUUUGCAGAAUUGUGUUACAAAGGUUCAACAGGAUUAUGAUGUGCAAGGUCUGAAGUGCAAGUUGCUAGUAGGUACAGCAUUGUUAAAAAACAGUGGGGAUUGAGAAUCAUUUGACAAGAGUCAAAGAUCGCAAAGGGUUUGCUUUUAGUCGAUUGCGUGUAUGGUUUCAUUCAUUUACAGUCUGCUGGGGUUCAAUUUAAACUCAUCAGAGCUGAGAUCAGCAGGUGAAGAUCUCAACAAGACAGAAUGUGACAGAAAAAUGACUGGUCAAAGAGGGAUGGGACAUGCAGAAAACUCUUCACACACUCUGAGGAGUGCUAUCAUCUAUGCAUGAAAUGCAUGGAUUUAAACAGUUGUCUUGAUACAUUUGUAAAAGUUCUUAUUAAUGUAUGAAUCAUCAUCACUGUGUUGUUUUUAUUAAGGUAAAAAACUGUGAGCAAGAUGUGUGGUAAAAAAUCUGGGUAGAUAAUAUUAAAGUAAAUUCAACUUCAAGACAAAGGGUGGUUGCUUUUUCGAAAUGCAAAAAAAUAUUUUUGAAUAGCUUAGCUACUAAUGUUUUCGCCUUGCUUGGCUCUCAUUCAUUUUUCUCCACCACAAAGCAGAAAAUGUUUUAAAGAUAUGUCAGCUGUUAUGCAUUUAAGCCAAUCUGAUGUGUGGUUAGAUUCAAAUAUGAAUGAAUGUACUUAUUAAUUUUUUUCUGUCUGUAUGCAGCAAUAACUACGUAAAAUAAAUGUGUACUGCUGUGAACAAGCAGUUCUUCAGCUGUAACUGGAUCUACCUAUAGUAGAAAACUGGGGUUUGGCAAAAGAACAAAUUCUUAUUUUUUCUACAUUUCAAUGAGAAUGGGUUUGAAAUAAACAAAACAAGUGAAAUAGUGUAAAAUAAUGCAAUAACAU